UACAGGGUAAAUAGUCCCAAGCAACGCAACAUGGACAGACUGGAAAAUCAGUGAGGUAGAAGGUGGAUUCAUUCAAAUCGCAAUCCACCACAUGUCGCAGUGAACUGUGCAGAUACGCUUCAGAGAAGCUAUCCAAGGUGUCAGCCAUUGAUCCUGCCGCUGCAAUGACCUACAGCGCAGACAACUCGUUGCAAUUGAAAAGGAAGAACACAAUGUCCAAAUCUCACUGUAACGCGUUCAACACAGCUGGACAUCAUUAUCACCGUUCAGACCUAGAAAACAUGGAGGAGCGUCUGAGAUAUGAGAGGAUGGUCAGUGAGUCUCUGCAGGCCGAUCCAGAGCAACAGGAGCAAUCAGGCAGGAGGAAACCAGCAUUAGUCAGAUCAAAGACCUUUGACAACUCCCUGCUGACACAGGUCCAGACAGAAUCAGACCCCAAGUUAGAGAGGAAGAAGUCUCACUACAGCCAGCUUUCUAAGAGCAACUGCCAGUACCAUAAAAUAUUUAAGGAAAUCAGCAAAGAGGAGCAGCUCAGACAGAGUUACACCUGCGCUCUGCAGAAAGACAUCCUCUACCAGGGCCGAAUGUUCGUAUCUGACCACUGGAUCUGCUUCCACUCCAAGGUGUUUGGCAAAGACACAAAGAUUGCCAUCCCGGUGAUGUCCGUCACUCACAUCAAGAAGACCAAAACUGCCAUCCUGGUGCCAAAUGCUCUGGUGAUCGCCACCGCAAACGACAGGUACAUGUUCGUGUCGUUCCUGUCCAGAGACAACACCUACAAGAUCUUGAUGUCCGUCUGUCUUCAUCUGGAGGAGAAAAGUCCAUGCAGCAGUCCAAUCCCCUCCUCAGCAGAUAACAGCUUCAGAGGUCAGAGGUCACCUCUGCCGCCUCGUUUUCCUCUGAGUUUUCCAGGUGAUUUCGGCGAUCUUGAUGGAGCAGUGAGGCAGAGGAGGCAGGAGAUGGAGGAGAGCAGCAGCUCUGACUCCCAGACCCAGGACUACGAGAAGAUUGCAGAGUUCCCUGUUCCUCCGUUUCUGGAUGUGGUGAAGCAAACAGACAGCUCAGCUCCUCUUGAACAUGCGGACCAUCAGCACAAAGUGAAGAACCAGCAUCAGAGCCAGCAGAGCUCGGACAACAAGCAGCACGACACACACCACACUGGCUCAGAGUUGGUGACCGACAGCAGAACUGUGAAACCAUUUUCUCUCAACACUGUGCUGUUUGUCUACAUGUUUCUGGUGUGUGUCCUGGUCCUGUCCUCCUGUUACCUGGCCUUUAAGAUCGUCUCAUUGGAGCAGAGACUGACGACACUCGGCUCCAUCAGCGAGUUAACCCACCAGGACAGUGACUUCCUGCAGGGGAGUGAUGUGAACACAGAGCUUUUCUCUGAACUGCUGACUAUCAACCUGAUGAAGCUGGAGAAGGUACAGAAGAACCUGCAGAGACUGCUGGACGAAGCUAGCUGAACGUGCUGGAAACCAGUAUAUUAUCUGGGAAGUUCUGUAAAUAAGCUGUAAAUAUAUAGUUUAUUAUAGUGGAUGUUAGAACCGGACAAUAUUGAGACGUAUUGGACUGGCAUGAAAACCUGGGAAAUGAUGAUGCAGUAAAUACUGUUGAAAGAAACUUAACGCGAGAUUAAAGAGCAGUGUUUCACUCUGGAAAAUCUCACCUGUAACCACACCCAACAGCGAGGUCACUGUGUUCUGACACGAUAGAGUUCUACAUCACAGCGAGGUGAGAGUUAAACAACUGGAGGUCAGUAUAGACAAGAGUGGCUCUAUCAGCUGUAAUUACAAACCAACCUGUGAUUAACGUUUCAUCAGCGGAACAGGAUUUAAACAUCCUGGUAGAAUUUUAAAUCUAAUGUUGUGAAUAUUACAAUACUACAGCUGCUGCAUUUACGUAUAAAGCAGUGAAAGAUUAGAUGUUUUUUAGGUUAAGGUUAAGUUCUCAGCGCUGAUGUUCUCGGUCAACUGAAAUAGCAAACACAGAAAUGUGUUUACAUGAUGACAUUUUGGCCUGAAAACCACUGCUGGACUUCAGCCCACAGGGACUUGGCUGGAGUUGCUUUUACUGAUAGUGUUGACGCACACCCCUUGAGUGGGUUUUCCUCAUGUUUACAUCGUGCUGCCGAAGAGUUUUACGUACUGUCAUUUCCAAUGUGGACCAGAAAUGCAUAAAGGAGUGGGGCCUUUUUCCCACUGCAGGGACUUAACAACCCGGUGAUCUCACAUAGUGGCUUUAAAAAUGACACACUGUUUUUUGUUCCCGAUGGUUAAAUUAACUGUAUGUACUGAUGCAUCUACUUGACAUGCAGCUGUCCCAUGUGUUAACUUCACAAAGCUACUUCUGAUUAACUAACUAUCCAGCUGAGACUUGUACGACUGACUGUUACAGACAUUCUGAUGACUGUGAUGUGUAAAUAUUAGAAAUUAUAAUUACAAGGUCUUCACAAAAAUGCAAUGACUUCCUCUGUUGGGGAAUAGAGUUCUAUUUUAAAAUAAAGUUUUAUUUUUGCUGUUA